AUGGAAGGUCUCCUUGAGUCUUUCAAGAAGUUGGCGUUGGAUGACUUAAGCUACUCGUCGUUACUUAAAGACAAUACUUCUUUGGGAGGUCUUGUAAUUCUUUUAUCGAACGAAAAAGAAUCAGCUGUUGAAGAAAUCCUCAAUAUAUUUAAAAUUCUCUCUGAACGAAAUGGUGGUUCAUAUUACCUCUCAAAACUACCGGGCAUGAUGGAGCAAUUGUCGAGUCUGAAGGCUUCAGGGGAGAGUCAUUCUGUUAGAAUUAGAGAACUUACUGAUGACCUUUUCGAAACACUCUUUUCGUCAAAAGCACAUCUUAAAAGAAUGCCCUCACAGUCGCAUCGUCCUAAAAAGUCUCGAAAGUCGCGUCCUGUUGUCAUCCAGCUUUCGGGGAAUAUAACUAAACAAGAUCUAAAAGCAAUUGAAUCACAACUUAUUACGGUAAAAGGAGUUGUGAGCAUAACUUUCCAGUUGAACAAACUGCGCGUGGUAGUGAUGGCACUUGACGAUUUGGACCCUGAACGAAUUUUAGAAGCUGUCUCUGUCGCAUGUAAACUAGCGUCUGCAACAAAUGAUCGAUCAGAUAUUUCCGCGCAUGUUGUCAAACGACAGAAAUCAAAGCUCUCUCGUGUUAGCUCAAUGUACACAGUGCGGGAUCGUCGUAGUUUUGCGCCGUCUUCGGCUGCUGCAGCUGCGCCCAAAGUCUCCAAGCCUCUUCACCCCUACCUGGCGGACACCGCGGACAUUUUCGAGGUGGACCCCAGUCGUGGUGCACCCCAGGUCAAGGGCAUGGCCGGCGCCAACAGUGGACGUAGUCGCGGUUUCACCGGAUGGCUCUCCGACCUCAUCGAAAGCACCAUCUUCUGGUGA